AUGGAUGAUUUCCAACAUUCAGGUGAGACAAUCUCUAGAUAUGUGGGCAAAGUUUGCAACGCAAUAUGUGGGUUGCAAACAGAGUUUAUGAAGGCACCAGACUUCAGUGAAGUUCCAGAGGAAAUGUCGACAAACCCAAAAUAUUACCCGUUCUUUAAGAAUGUCAUGGCUGUAUGUAACUUCAAGAUGAUGUUCACUUAUGUCAUCACUGGUUGGGAAGGAUCCGCCCAUGACUCAAAGGUUUUAAAUUCGGUUCUUGGUGAUCCUGAUUCUGGAUUCCCGCAUCCUCCACCAGGUAAAUACUAUUUGGUUAAUGCGGGUUAUGCAAAUAGAAGGGGGUUCCUUGCCCCUCAUAGACGAGUUCCUUGCCAUCUACAUGAUCAUCGUCAUAAUUGA